GCCAGCGCCUGGGCUCUUCCUGCCAGUGUUGGCUGUGCAAAUAGCGCAGAGUUCUGAGAGACCCUGAGCAGGGCAGAGCAGAGCAGACGGUGGACACCCGGAGCCUUCUCUGAUCCGGUCUGGGGCGGCCUCCCCUGCUGCCUGUGGAGUACCUGUGGUCGCUUGUAAGAAGAGGUCAGCUGUGCACAUGCGUGGCUGAGGAGACCACUCCGACCGACGCCCCGGCUGACCCUCUCUGUUUCAGCAAGGACAAGGCGUCCCCUGCGGGGGUAAUGACACCGCAAGGCUCCAUCUGAACUUCCUGGCAGCGCUCCAGCUCAGGGACUAAAGAGAGACCAGAUGUCACCACCGGGACGUCCUUGGCUCCGGCGCUGGCUCCCUGCAGCCCUCAGCACGCUCCUGGCUUUGAAGGCGUCCCUCUGUGGCCACGUGUCCGGCUCCCGGCCGAACUUUCUUCUCCUCAUGGCAGACGACGUGGGCAUUGGGGACAUCGGCUGCUAUGGCAAUGACACCAUCAGGACUCCAAACAUCGACCGCCUUGCAGAGGAUGGACUGAUCCUGACUCAACACCUCGCUGCCGCGUCCGUGUGCACACCCAGCAGGGCCGCCUUCCUGACGGGGAGGUACCCAGUGCGGUCGGGUAUGGUUUCCAGCAAUGGGUCUCGUGUUCUUCAGUGGACCGCAGUAUCUGGAGGCCUUCCAACAAAUGAGACAACCUUUGCAAAAAUACUGAAAGACAGAGGCUAUGCCACUGGACUGAUAGGGAAAUGGCAUCUGGGCCUCAACUGCAAGUCCUCCCACGAUCACUGCCACCACCCACUCAACCACGGCUUUGACUACUUCUACGGCAUGCCUUUCUCCAUGAUGGGUGACUGUGCCUUCUGGGAGCUCUCAGAGAAGCGCGUGGGUCUAGAGCGCAGACUCAGUCUCUGUUUCCAGAUCUUGGUCUUGGCCGGCCUCACGCUCACAGCUGGGAAACUCAGCCACCUGCUGGUGGUCUCAUGGACUCCAGUCAUCUGGUCAACCAUCGGGGCCAUGCUGCUCCUCACGGCCUCACGUUUCGUGGGGACGCUGAUUGUUCACGCGGACUGCUUUGUGAUGAGAAACCACACCAUCACAGAGCAGCCCAUGCAUUUCGAGAGAACUACCGCCCUUUUUCUGGAGGAGGCCUCGUCCUUUCUCAAAAGGAACAAGCACAGACCGUUCCUCCUCUUUGUCUCCUUCUUACACGCCCACACCCCUCUGAUGACCACGGAGAGCUUCCUCGGGAAAAGUCUUCACGGUCUCUAUGGAGACAACGUCGAGGAGAUGGACUGGAUGGUAGGACAGAUCCUUGGCACCUUGGACAGGGAAGGUCUGGCGGACAGGACCCUGGUGUAUUUUACAUCCGAUCACGGCGGAUCCUUAGAGUCGCAAAUUGGCAACCACCAGUAUGGCGGCUGGAACGGGAGGUACAAAGGCGGCAAAGGCAUGGGAGGCUGGGAAGGCGGCAUCCGCGUCCCGGGGAUAUUCCGCUGGCCCGGGGUGCUGCCGGCCGGCCGCGUGAUCCAUGAGCCCACCAGCCUCAUGGACGUCUUCCCCACCGUGGUCCAGCUGGGGGGCGGCCAGCUGCCCCAGGACAGAGUGAUCGAUGGCCGCGACCUCCUGCCUAUACUCCUGGGGACAGCCCGGCACUCGGAGCACGAGUUCCUGCUGCAUUACUGCGAGACGCACCUGCACGCGGUACGCUGGCACCAACGCGACCGAGCAACAGUGUGGAAAAUCCACUACAUGACCCCGGUGUUCCAGCCCGAGGGAGCCGGCGCCUGCUACGGGAGAGGGGUGUGCCCGUGCUCCGGGGAGAACGUCGCUCAGCACACCCCGCCCCUGCUCUUCAACCUCUCCGGAGACCCCUCGGAGACCCGCGCACUCACGCCGACCACAGAGCCCUCGUUCCACCAGGUCUUAGAAACCGUCUGGAGGGCGGUGCAGGAGCAUCGCCGGACGCUCAGCCCGGCUCCCCCGCAGAUGGACACGCCGGGAAACACAUGGCGCUUCGGUCUCCAGCCCUGCUGCGGCUCAUUCCCCUUCUGCUGGUGCGACAGGGAAGGCGACCCACCAUAAUAUCAGGGAGGCAGGUGGCAUGGAGGUUAAGGCGCUGGACACUCACGUGGCCAACCGUGGUUCAAGU